AUGAAUUCAGAUCAUUGCAAGUUUUUUGUUGAACGCAAAAAAAGAUUUUGUAGAAUGACUGUCAAAAAAGGAAAUGAAUAUUGCGGUGAACAUAUGGAGAAAAAUGUCACCGAAAAAACAUCAAAAAGGAUUCCUUGUCCUUUGGAUGAUUCUCAUACUUGUUUUGAGUCAAAAUUGAAGCAGCAUUUGAAAGUUUGCAAUGCCAAAAGGCUGUUGGAUGCGAGACCAGAUUGUAUUGUAGACGGAAUAAAUAGUGGAGACGUUGAUCUACAAGCUCCUGAGAGAAUUCCUCUGACGUUACUAGACCAGAGUGUAAUUGAAAAUGUUAUUAAAAAAGUGGAAGCUGCUGCUGAAAAGCUGUCAGAAGUAGAAGAAUUAAUUUUGCAGCACAGUAUUCUGGAUGCCGAAGUUAAUAAUUCUUCAUAUGGAAAUUAUUUAAAGAAGCAUCUAAUUCAAAACUCGUCUCUGCUGGCGCACUUGAAUCGAGCUGGAUUAUUAAGAGAGAAUACUUGCUUCAUUGAAUUUGGAGCAGGAAAAGGUCAAUUAAUUAAAAACACUAAAGAAUCGACAGUAAUCUUGGUAGAUCGUUCGAGUCAUCGGCAUAAAAAUGAUAACAAAUUAAAAACUGAAGAUUGCUCGAUAAAUAUUGUGAGAAUACGAGCAGACAUUGCUGAUCUUUGUUUAAAUAAAAUAAAAGAAGUGAAAAGUAGUAAAUACACUGUAGGAAUAGCGAAGCAUUUAUGUGGUGCUGCAACUGAUCUGACAUUAAGGUGCUUGACAAAUUCGACAGAAGAUACCGAAGUGAGUGGAUUGAUAAUUGCAUUUUGUUGUCAUCAUCGCUGUGAAUACAUUUCUUAUGUAGGGAAGAAAUAUUUACAAGAGUGUGGAUUUACUCCUGAAGAAUUUCCAAUUUUAUGCAGCAUAGCCAGCUGGGCAACUUGCGGCUACGACAAAAAUCGACAAGCGAGUGUCACUGAGAAAGAACUGAGCGAUGAAAAGAGACGAGAAACACGUGAAUCGAUAGGUCGAAAGGUCAAAUCACUGCUGAAUUGGGGUCGGAUUAAAUAUCUGGAAUCAAUGGGCUUUGAUAGUAAAUUAUAUUAUUACACUUAUCCAGAAAUAUCUUUGGAAAACAUGUGUGUUGUUGCGACUCGUAAGAAUUCAUAA